AUGAUAAGUAUUUAUGUUCAGAUUCUUCUAAUAAUUCUCUUUUGGAAUGCUGAUUGUCAGAUUAUUCCCAGGAUUGAAGAAUGUGGACUUUCAUGUUCUCAGGGGAUUCACUGUAAAAGCAAACCUUCUGGUGGCAUUUUUAACAGCUUCUGCCAUGAUGCUCCUGCAUCUUUAUCUUCUAUGGUACUGAAAAGCAUGAAGAUCUCAACAGUGAUGAAAUGUGUCCAAGGAAACCCAUGUUCUCUUCAUUUAAACAUUAAAGGAACACUGAGUUUGGAUGAGAAUAUCCGUGGGCUGGAAAUAUGUUCUUUUUCAUUGGACACACAGCAAUCUCAGUGCAUAAAUGUGAGAUUCACGAGGAAAAAAAGCAAGAUGCUUAAUGGAAAGAAGGUACAGGUAGAGUUCAAUUGCAUUGAAGUCAAUGUAGCACAACACAUCUAUGUGACCAUGAAAACUGUACCACAUUACUGUGAAGUCAAGCUGAGUCAGCAAUACUAUGUUGAAGACUGCAGAAACAGUGAUGUAGGAAAAUAUAUUCCAGCUUGUUCAGCUGGCAAGCUGGAUUAUAAUUUAGACAGGGCAAAGAAAAUUGUAAUGGUGAAUGUAUCCAACUUUCCCCAAGAUCAAGAUUAUUAUGUUCGCCUGUGCCACAAAUGGUUUACCUGUGAAGAUGUUGGGGCAUUUGCUGUGAUAAAAGGAAAGGAAUCUUUUAAAUCUGUUUCUCUGAAAUAUUCUCAGCUACUCCCUUGUCUUUGCAUUGAGGGUUGGCUGGCACUUCCAGAUGCAAGGAGAAUACAACUUUGUCCCUUUGAAAAUGAUACACAGGUGCUAUGGGCCAAUAUUGUUUAUAACCCAUUGACACAAACCCUUGCUUGGGAGCCAGCCUGUCCCGUCCUUGUCAUGGUUAACCUAUGCAGGUUCAUCAAGUCGAAUGACCAUUGUGAAGAUAUAGAGAACACUUUCAAAAAUUCUCCUGAGAAAGUUAAAUAUUCUCGUGUGGAUACUCACCCAAGACUUUGCAUGAAGUUUACAACCAAACGAGGAUCUUGGAUUAAAUGUCCAUUUGCUCAUGGAGAAUUUCCAGCCUGGAAAAUGAGAACUGCUGCAGUUGCAGAACAAAUACAAGUUUUCUUCACAUCCCAAAGCAAGGCACGGUUCUCAGUGCUUGUGUGUAACAGGACGCAGAUGGCUUCGUGUGAAUCACUUGAGAUGCACCAUUCAGUCUCUGUGGGAGAUUCUGUUUCAAUCAAUGUGUCAAGGGAAAUGUGUGGGUCAACAAUUUGCAUUCAGGGCUGGAGAACAGAUGUAGAUUAUUCAGUCCCACUGCAGAUCUGCGAUACCUACUGUGGUUUUCGUGGCCAGUCACACAGUGAUGGAAACCCAGCAAAGGCCAUGACACACAGGAUGAAGAGUGUGCAGUCCUUGCACUGAAUUUAACAACAUGUUUUCAAGGUCCUCAGUAUCCUCUCAACAUUGUAUUUUGAUGCAACUUGCAAAUCUUGUCUAACUGGU